UCUAGAGAUUAGUCAGAGUGACUUUCAGAAUGGCAGUCACAGUAUAAUUCGAGCUCGUGUGUGCAGUGUCUUGUAUCUGCAAAACUAUUCUUCGAACGUAACGAUUUACACGUACCGCUAGUAAAAUGUCCGACACUGAAAACUUGAAGAAACAGAAUAAAGAGGUAAUAUCGAAAAUUUUGGAGAAUCUCGGGCAGAAUGCCGACGAAGCUCAAUACGAGAUAACCAAACAAAGCGACGUUUUUAUGUCUACCAUUGAUUAUAUACGCGUGAAGUUUAAGAAUAGGACAAAGAAUCAAAGUGAAGAAUUUUCUAUAGUACUAAAGAGACCCAUACGGAUAGAAAUCUUGAGAGAGAUAAUCCGCAGCGACUUUCAAUUUCAUAACGAACUAUUAUUCUACCGGAUGUAUGCCCAAUCUAAUGAGAACUUUCCGAAAUGCUUCUACUUGGAUGAACGACCGCCCAUCGAUUCCGUGAUCGCUCUGGAAAACGUCAAUGAACGAGGAUAUUAUUCUUGUCCAUAUAAGCACAGUGCUCCUUUAGAAUACACAUUGGCAGUGAUGCGCGAGAUCGGACGAUUCCAUGGCAAAGGGUAUGUGAUGAAGGAAUUGCAGCAGGAAAAAUUUUUCGCUAUCGUAGAACAGAUUAAAGAAACUAGAUAUAACAGAACGAAAGAAAACAGUUUCAUAGAUUUUAUUAACUUGAUCGCAACGCGAGCAGUGGAAUAUCUUCGCAAUCAGGGUUACGACACAGCCUUCUGCGAUAAAACAGAAGCCUUGCUCUCGAAAGCGUUUGACGAAGUGAUGAUAAAGACGGUGGAGCCGCGAGAGCCAUUGUCCACACUGUGUCACGGUGAUUUAACAUUGAGCAAUGCUCUCUUCAAGACAGAAAACGAUGGGCAGUACCGAGCGAUGCUGAUUGACUUCGCGCUUUUGAGAUACUCGACUCCCGUCGUCGAUCUUUCUACGUAUCUCUGUCUCGCUUGCUCAAAUGAAAUAAUGAAAGAUAAGUUCUUUGAGAUUAUACGAGCCUACCAUGACGCACUGAAAAAUUAUCUGUUAGAUGCUGGCAUUACGGACAUCGAGAAAUAUUCGUAUGACGCUUUGUUGGACGAUUACAAGAGAGGUUGUCUUUUUGGUUUUGUUAUUGCAUCCUAUUUCUCACCAGUAUUAAUGGGAUAUGCUGACGAUACUAUAGAACAGGAUAUAGAAGGGUUAACAAGUGGAAAGUUCAUCGAACAGGCAAGACAGAGAAAACAAGAGGGCGGAGAUGAAAUGUCCAAGAUAUUAGCUGAUAUGUUGCUAUAUUUGACAGAUCUUGGUUGUUUAAAAUAUUUUUUGUAAUGAGACAGUUCAUAAUAUAUAAUGCUAGAUUAAUUAUUAAUUAAUAAUUAUAAAG